AUGGGGUCGUCACAUUCUUCACAAACCAAAAUAAUAGUAUCAACCAAACAGGAUUUGAUCAAAGAAAAUCCAUCAAUAUUGAAGCUAAAAAAUUGCGCAAAUAUUGAAAAAAUUGGACAAUAUGAAGUUCCUAUAGGAGAGAAAUUUUAUGGAGUGAGACAAGUUUCGGGUAAUGGCAAUUCUGAAAUAAUAAUGACAAUACUAACUGAAUACGAAUGCAAUAAGCAUGAAAAAAUAAGACAACAAAUUGUAAAUCAACAUGAAAUUGUCCCAAUAUGGGAUACAGGUGAUUAUGACAUGUUUUUGAAAUAUUCAAUUUCUCCCAAAGGAACCUGUAAUUUGAAUGAAUAUUUAACUUAUUAUGAACCUAAUUUGGAAGAAUCUUUGAAAAUUUAUAGUCAAAUAGAAAAAGGACUUCUUAAAUUACAUUCCAUGAAUAUUAUUCAUGGAAAUUUAAAACCUGAAAACAUUUUAUUUUUCGAAGAGGACUUUACAUUUAAAUUAUUCGAUUUCAAAUAUUCUGUGCUAGACAACCAGCCAUCAGAAUUCAGACACAGCAAUGAGUAUACAGCUCCAGAGGUAUUAUUGGCAUCUCAAAUAGUGGAUAAAUCUGCAGACUUAUUUAGUUUGGGAUGUAUAUUAUUCAAAUUGCUUACUAGACAGCCUCUUAGGAUUAAGGGAGAAACUUUUGCUCAAAUGAUGAUUCGUGAAAAGCGCCGGAUUGGGGUGGGAAAAUAUAUUGACGAAACAACGAAGGAGAUAAUGGGUUUACAUUCUAACCUUCUCGAACACUUAAAAGCUUUGUUGUCAGUUACAAAUCCAUCAGAGGCAGGUAUUCCACCACCUGCUGUUAUUAAAACUGCACUAACAUUUUUAGAAAGGGAUCGGGUUGAAACGGUCAAGAAAAAGUUAGAGAAAUAUUAUGAUUUCUUGAAAAAGAAUAAUAGAACUCCCAAAGAUGCUAGAAUGACAGGCGAUUUGGAAGUGGAUGCCCAAAACUUGGUCUGUGAAGAUAGAUUACUAAAUAGGGAAUUUAUGAGUUCUAUUGUAAACCUAAAAUCAAACAAAGUUAAUUGUGAACCAUUUCUGCGAGUCAAGUUGUUGAUUUCUGAUUUAGGUAAUAGUCCUUUUAUGACCAAGUUAAUGAGCUACUUUUCAAAUGCUGAUAUGGGAAUUGUUCAUACUGGCCUUUUAAUUGGUGAAUGGAAGAUUGAAUGGGUCAACUCAUCAACUGUUAGUAUAAGGAGUGAACAAAUCGAAUCUGACAAGACACUUGCAAUAAUUGACAUUGGAGAAAUACGUGGUGCUGAAAAUGUUAAGCAAACAUUUAGAAAGUUGACAGAAAUUAUUUGUAAAUAUAAUGGAUCAGUUCAAUAUCACCAAUUCAAAGCCAAUUGCCAACAUUUCACAUCUGAGGUACUAUCUGCUUUGAAUUUGCAACUUCCAAAGAGUGAAUGCUUUGACAAGUAUUUUGAUAAUUUAAGGAAUGGCAAGGUUGACCGAGCAUUCUCUAAAACUUUAAGAGAUUCCAAUGGUCCAACAACUACAAGUACUUUCUUAAAGUUAUGUAAUAAUAGUACUAGGCCAUAUGUUACCUCUGAAUCUUAUGGUGUAGAGAAUGAAAAUCAAGAAUAUGAUGUUCAAAUUCCAAUAGAAAGCUGGAGAUUAUCACAAGCCGAAUUUAAAGGUGUUGAGAUGGCCAAGAAAAAGAUUAGAGUAUGCCUUAAAGAAUUCAACAUUACACCAGAGAAGGUCGGAUACAGUGAAAGUUUAGAUUUGGAAGCUCAAAGAUAUGUCUGUGAAGACAGAUUCAUGCAUUUUCACUUUGUUCGUCCUACAAUGAAGAAAAAUUCAAGAAUUGUUUCCAAUAUUCCUGCAGUUGUGAGAGUCAAGUUAUUGGUUUCAUCUUUAGGAAAACACGAAUUAACCAAGAAGGCAAUGGCUACAUUCGCAGCCAUUCUUAAUGUAAAUAAUUAUGGCGUUGUUCACACAGGAAUCUUAAUUGGAGAAUGGAAAAUUGAAUGGUAUGAUAAUUCAUUGGUGAGAGUUGAGUGCGAUUCAGACCAGAAACUUGAUACUAAUAAUACCAUUGCAGCCAUUGAUAUUGGAGAAAUUGCUGGAGCUGACAAUGUCAAGAAGGCAUUCGAAUUGAUUACAAAAAUUUCAUGCAAUUACAAUGCAACCAAGAAUUAUUCAUUAUUAGGGGCUAAUUGCCAACAUUUCGUUUCAGAUUUAUUAGAGGCAUUGAAUUUGACACUUCCAGUGAGUGAAUCUUUCAAAAUUUAUUUUGACAAAUUGAAAAGAGGAGAAACUGACAGAACUUUCUUUGUGAAUGAAAAUUUGGCAACAUUAUUUAAAACAUGCAACAUUACAAACCCUUAUAUUGGUUUGAAGAACAUUACAUUCGAGAAUAGAAAAUCGUUGGAUGAAUUUUGUCAUUUUCUUGAACAUAUCAAAUAUUUUGACAUUGAGGCAGGUCAAAGUGAUUUUUGGCUUUUGAAGGCAUUUGAUAGGUCAUUUGUUUUGGUUGGGGAGGAUGAAAUUUGUCUUACUUUUGAUUCUACAGGAGUCAAAGAGAAUGGAUUCUUCACAACUAAUGGAGGAAGAGAUCAAGAUUCCAUCACUCAUAUUAAGUACAGUGUUAAAGAUGUUGAUUUCAGUGAUUGUGUAUUAAAGAGGUAA